UUAGAUUUACCAGAACGAUUGGUGCGUUCCUCGAGAGCACAGAAUGGUAAGGAAAGACGAUCCAAAAGUCAGCCAAUUCAUUCACCAAUCCACAUCGAUAGCGAUGAUGAAUAUGACGGUCCAUCGAAUCAUCUGUCGCGAAUGGAUGCAGUCACAUUCUACAAUGUGUCUGGUGAAUCAGAAGGGUCAUCUUCGAAGGAUAGGAGUUAUCGAAGUUCGGUGCAUAGCACAACGUCAUCAAUGACCACGUCGAGUACAGUAUCUAGCAACGAUGAACAAAGCUUGAUGAGUGCUGAAGCAGCAUGGGACCAUGUUGCCAUUUUACCAGACGAAUUGCCAUUCGCUGCCGGUGAUAUAAUUAAUGUUCUCGACUAUUCAUCUCAUUCGGAGUUAUGGUACGGCAGCUGCCGUGACAGAACUGGAUGGUUCCCUUCAUCUCACGUUCGGAUAAUCAAUCGAAAUCCCGUGUCACAACCUUCUACUUCCGACGAUUUUCCACCAUCUAUGCGGGCACUUCGCACGAAGAUAGUUCAAGAGUUGAUGUCGACUGAACGAGAUUACGUGGAUCUUCUUCAAAAUCUUGUUCAAGGAUUUGUGGAACAAACUCGACGGCGGACAGAAAUGUUCACAUCAUCAAAUAUUCAGCGGAUAUUCGGCAAUCUCGAAGCAAUCUACUCAUUGCACUCAAAGUUUCUGAGAGAACUUGAACUAGCCUACAACCAGAAGGCACCUGAGAAUUCGUGUGUAGGUACCACUUUCCUCAGAAAUGUGAUAAACCUCAUUAUCAUCAAUUUUUCGAGAGUCACUCAUUUCCAGGCUUGUCGACUUCUCAGAGGGAUGCCCAAGCUUACUUUAGAAGGAUUUUUAUUAACACCUGUGCAAAGGAUAUGCCGGUAUCCGCUUCAGCUAACCGAAUUACUCAAAGCCACACCAUUGUCUCAUCUCGACCGCGAACCCGUUCAGGCUGCUGCGGCUGCGAUGAAAAGUGUAGCAGCAUUGAUUAAUGAGAAGAAGAGGCGUUUGGAAAGUCUUCAAAAAAUCGCUCUCUGGCAACGAAACGUUGAAGGAUGGCAGGGACCUGAUCUUGUCGAAACGAACAGUCGAAUGGAAUGCAGUGGUGAAGUGUCGUGUCGAUGUAUUGCCGCUGGCUCUUUGCUAUGGCAUAAAGAUGUAUUAUUGUUUUUGUUUGAUCAAUCGAUUGUGAUUUGUAAAAAGGAUAUUAUCAAAAAGAAUCAUUAUCUGUUUCGAGAUCGAAUCUCUCUUAACUCAGCCACGUUCAUCGAUUGCUUCGAUGGUAAAGGUUCGUUCACCAUUCACUCACUCUUCCCAGUGUCGUUCGUCUUUCAGUUUGCUCACUGCUUAAUCCAAUUAGUUUUCGAAGAUUAGAUCUCGAAGACUGAUAUAAAACGUUCACAACGUGGUAUUUCAUAG